AUGUCCAGGACUUUGUUUUUCCUCUGUCUGUUUGUUUGCAUGUUGAGGGCUCAGGCUCGUAUUUGGGCCUGGAUGCUCAACAUGCCUCACGGUCCGCCUAAGGAAGGAUCUAUCCCGCUCAGAGACAGUACUCCUUUUGCUAACACGAAAGGAUCAACGGGGGUUUGUGACCAUGACAGGAUCUGUGGACGGGGGUUCUCCUGUGACCGUCACUUUGGGAAGUGUGUCCCCCUCAGAGGUGAGGGCCUGUACUGCCGGAGAGAUGCCCAGUGCGUCAGAGGACUGAGCUGCAUGUUUGGGAAAUGUCAACGCAGAAUACCAGAGGGUCAAGAGGGUGCCAGGUGUAAAGUGGACAGAGACUGUGGGGACACCAUGUGUUGUGCUCGUCACCAUGGGGAACAAGUGUGUAAGCGUCGGCUAACACGGGGUGAGAGCUGCUUUGUGCCUGAUGGUGGUCUGGCUUUCAGCCUUAACCAGAUUUGCCCAUGUGAUGAUGGAUUGCUGUGUCGCGGCAAUGCAAAACCACAACAGAGAGAGUGA